UUAGCGAAUUACGUAAUUAGAAAUUUGACUGACUAUUAGUAAAUAACGAAGAUCUAAUACAUUCUGAAUAUAAGCAGUGUUUAUAUAAUAAAAUCAUGGUUAACGAGAACAUUGAAGAACAAAUUUUAAUGUUCCACAGUGAACAAAAGUGGUCGGAUAUUGCUAAUUUAAAUUGCACUUUGACUAAAUUAGAUAAAAGCAGAUUAUUUUGGGUUUUACCAACUAUUAAUGAUUUACAUUGGAUAAAAGAAAUAAUUGAUAAACACGAAGUGGUUUGUCUAGCAAGCAUAGGAUGUGGUUGUGGUUUAUUAGAAUGGUUGUUUGAAAAAUAUUCUGGUUUAAACGUGACCGGUGUAGAAGUAAAUCGCUCAUGGUGGUGUAGUAAAUAUUCACCGCCCUUAUUUUUAAAAAAUGUUGUUUUCAUUGGCGAAAAUAAUAAAAACAAUUUUUUUCUAUCGGACAAAUAUGCUCUUUUAUUUUGUUAUUUUAAUAACUCAUCGGCAUUUUGUAAUUAUAUCGAAAAUUAUAAAGGGAAUCUUAUUUUUGUCAUUGGACCAAAAUCAAACGAAAAUCGUUGGACGGAUCCAAUGCCAUUUGAUGAAAAGUUUAAUGAAUAUGGUUGGAAAUUAAUAGGUGCGAAAGAAAUGGAUCGAACAAACGAUUAUAUUACAGUAUAUAACAAAUAACUAAAUCUUAUAUAAAAAUAAACUUUUAAAAGACACGUUGAUGUGAGUACUUAUCAAAAAAGACAAAUGUUUUAU